AUGGCAGGGAGCGGACUCAGGGGUCGAGCCUUCCGACAGCUGAAGCGGCAUCCCGGGCUCAUCCCACUCAUCGGCUUCAUCGCCCUGGGCAUGGGCAGCGCCGGCCUCUACCUGCUCAGACUGGCCCUUCGCAGCCCCGACGUCAGCUGGGACCGAAAGAACAACCCGGAGCCCUGGAAUCGCCUGAGCCCCAACGACCAAUAUAAGUUCCUCGCCGUCUCCACCGACUACAAGAAGUUGAAGAAAGACCGACCGGACUUCUGAGGGCCGCCAGGCAGAGGGCCGGAGUCCGGAAUAAACCCGGCACCCGGCCUCGCCGCCUUUCCCGGCCGCCGGGGUCUCCCUCGGCGCCCACCGCCGGCUGAGGUUCCCACGCCUGGACCGCCCCCCGCCGCCCCCAUCUGUCCCGUUCCCAGCCAGGGCGGAUGCACCUCUGACCCCGUCCGUUCCCGGGCGGGGGGAGGCGCCCACCCCUCCCCCACCCCCAGGGAGCGAACUAUCCCCAGCGGACAGAUAGAAAGACUAGCAGAGAGGAAGGCAGAGACGCAGAAGCCCAGAGACUGAUGGAACCAGAGAGACGCAGAGACUGAGGGAGCCCCAGAGAUGCAGAGACUGAAGGAGGGAGGGAGGCAGACAGACAGAGGCUGACUCAGAGGCGGGCGGGGCCAUGGGGCCUGCGGGACGUGGGAGACGUGUGGUGAGCAGGGAGUCCUUUGCCAGCGCUUCUAAUCCGCCCAGUCCAGCCCCUGCCCCGCCCUCGUCCGUGCCCGUCCAGCCCAGGGCCCUCUCCCUCCCUCAGAGACCCCCCUA